AUGUCCGAGGACAGCUCACCACCUCCGAAACACCACGUACCAGACUUUCCAGGGUGUCGUGAUCCCCAAUGCCGCGACGGGCAUCCCGACCAACAACCAACCACACGCGGCAAUGGCGUGCCCUCCUUUUACGCGCCCUUGGCCCCUGAAGCAAUAGGCGUCCGAGGCGCCGGCAGCGCACGGCCAACCGGUGGGGUUCGGCCGGUUGCUGCAACGCGUUCUGCAUGGGAACCGACAGGGCCAGGGCUCGCCGCGCCUUCGUCCAGGGGUUGUCCUUGGGCUCUCACGGCUCUUACAGUCACUGAUGGUGCAGCACCCCCGGGCGUCCGUGACACCAGCCACGAUCUUGCCUGCGUCGCGCAGCCUGGGGCCAGAUGGAGCCGAUCCGAGCCCGUCGUCUUGACCCCUCGUGCCAGGCUCCUGUCCAUCCCGCGAUGGUGGAGUGGCGCCCAUCUUGCCCAACAUUCGAUGGUGAGCACAUCUUCCAUCUGUAUCUGGCGAUGA